GUGCUUAUUGAGGGAAUCGAAUAUCCGCCUCGGAACGGAUGUUGGACGCACCGUGAGCCACCCGGUUUCUUUUAAAGACGGAACGGAAACGGUCCGUAAUAUUUUCUGUCAUCCUCGGGAAAAUAUUUCGUUUUGGAUCAUUUCGAUGGCCCUCUCCGACGAACCCGGCGUGUCCGUGUGGAUGUGCUGAAACAACUGACUUUAAACUUUUUCAGUGUCCUUAGUUGAUAGUCUCUGACCCUUGGCUGUGAUGUUUGUAUGAAAAUACAACAUGGAGGUCAGCGAGCUUUACUGAACCUUCAUCCGCUCUCUUAUCCGUUUACAGAAAUCGUAAAAUUAUGAUAACGACGCAUUUGCGAUACAUUAUGUAUAUAUGUAAAUAUCCGGCUAGCAAUUCCGGUUUAGGCGUGCAGAGCUGCUGCAUAAUCGGGUGAAUAAACGGUGAUGUACGAGAUCCGGAGUCAGAUCUUGCACGGGAUGAAUGCCGACCCGUCUUUGAUCUGCAGUGAUGCGGUGUGCUGCUGUGCCAGAGUCGCAGGUGUAACGUGUUACCUGGACAGGCUACAUAGACAGUGCCCUCAAUCUUACUGCUAAUGCGCUGGAUGGACUAUAAACUGCUACUUGUGUAGAACCAAUUUUAACAACAAUAAUAAUAAAAGAUUAAAAUGGGGUCAGAGAGAAAACGGGACGGUGAGAAUUGGAACUGGAGCAGCCCGGGAUGCCGCGCACGUCUGGAUGAGAUUUUCUUCCGUCCGCACGAUUAUAUUCAGGCGGGAAGUCCUGACCAUAAGCAGUUCUGGGCUUUCUUUGAACGAUUCCAGAGGUUUAAGGAGAAAAAAGAGAUGCUGGUUUCAAAAGACAGCGUGGGGGAUAAGGGGGUGAAGUGCAAAAAGAGCAAAACUUCAGUUUUGGACCUGGGCCUGCCCAAGGAGUAUGAUGCCCGCUACAGGAUCAACGUCUCUGUGCGGACACGGGAUGUGGAGGAGCGGCUUGGCCAGGCUGACUCGCGGCGAAGGAGUAAUGUGGACCCGGGGAGUCAGGAGGUUGCCACGUGCCGUCUGGCCCUGCUCCACUACCUGGACUUUAGCCAGAAGCAGAGUUUCUCCAAGCUGGCUAAGCUACAGCGGGAGCGGAGGUCCCUGCCCAUCUUCCAGUACCGGGACCGGAUCGUGGAGCUUGUGAGGGCACACCCAGUGGUGCUGGUGGCCGGGGACACGGGCUGCGGGAAGUCCACCCAGGUGCCCCAAUACCUGCUCUCUGCCGGCUUCAGCAACAUCGGCUGCACCCAGCCACGCCGAAUCGCCUGCAUCUCACUGGCUAAGCGUGUCAGCACUGAGAGCCUCAACCAGUACGGAUCAAAGGUGGGCUACCAGAUCCGCUUCGAAACAACGCGCACGGUGGCCACUAAGCUGCUCUUCCUGACCGAGGGGCUGCUGCUGCGGCAGAUCCAGCAGGACGGCACGCUGGCUCGCUACCAGGUGCUGUUGGUGGACGAAGUUCAUGAGCGGCACCUGCACAGUGACUUCCUGCUGGGCGUGCUGCGUGCGUUGCUGCAGCUACGCCCUGACCUGCGGCUCGUCCUCAUGUCGGCCACCAUCAACAUCCAGCUCUUCUCCACUUACUUCAGCGACGCCCCUGUGCUCCAGGUUCCCGGGAGGCUCUUCCCUAUCCAGGUUAUCUACCAGCCGAUCCCCCCAGAGGAGCAGCCGUCCCACUCUGAGAAGCUGGACCCCCGUCCGUACCUGCGUGUGCUGCAGGGCAUCGACCAGAGGUACCCCCUGGAGGAACGCGGAGACCUGCUGCUCUUCCUUAGCGGCGUGGCAGAAAUCAGCACCAUCAUGGAGGCCUGCCAGACCUACGCCACUCACACACGCCGCUGGAUCAUUCUACCCCUGCACAGCACCCUCUCCCUGACCCAGCAGGACAAGGUAUUUGACAUCGCCCCCCCAGGGGUACGGAAGUGCAUCAUUUCCACCAACAUCGCUGAGACAUCGGUGACCAUCGACGGGGUGCGAUUCGUGGUGGACUCGGGGAAGGUGAAGGAGAUGAGCUUUGACCCGAAGGCCAAGAUGCAGAGGCUACAGGAGUUCUGGAUCAGCCGGGCCAGCGCGGAGCAGCGGAAGGGUCGAGCGGGUCGUACCGGCCCCGGGGUCUGUUACCGAUUAUAUGCAGAAUCCGACUAUGAUGCCUUUGCCCCCUACCCAGUCCCAGAAAUCCACCGGGUGGCAUUGGACUCGCUGGUACUUCAGAUGAAGAGUAUGGGACUGGGCGACCCUCGCUCUUUUACCUUCAUUGACCCCCCCCCUGCUGCCAGCAUCCAAACCGCGCUGACCUACCUCACCCAGCAGGGGGCGCUUGACAGCCAUGGAGAGCUGACUCCCAUUGGAAGGUUGCUGGCACAGCUGCCCGUGGACGUCGUCAUCGGGAAGAUGCUGGUGUUGGGUUCCGUCUUCCACCUGCUGGAGCCCGUGCUGAGCCUGGCCGCCGCCCUCAGCGUGCAGUCUCCCUUCCUGCGCAGCGCCCAGAACAAUCCCGACUGCACCACUGCACGCCAGCCCCUGAGCAGCAACCUGGGAGACCCUUUCACUCUGCUCAACGCCUUUAACGCCUGGGUGCAGGUAAAGGGGGAGCGGGGCGCCGGCUCCAGGAAGUGGUGUCGCCGUCGGGGGCUGGAGGAGCAGCGGCUGUAUGAGAUGGUCAACCUGCGGCGCCAGUUCAAGGAACUGCUGGGCAGCCAUGGGCUGCUGGAGGCGGAGAGCAGCACCCCCAUGGGGCAGGACCGGCAGCAGCGGCGGGAGAGGCUGGGCAAGCGCCGUCGCCUGCACCAGAUGAAGCGGGACCACGAGCUGCAGGAGACGGGCCGGCGCAAAGUGCUGCGCAUGGACGAGGGGGACGGCGAGCCGGGCUCCUCGGGGUCUGAGGAGGAGGGCAGCGGGAGGGCCAAGAGGGACGAGGCCGGCGCCUCCCACAACGUGGAUAUACAGGACGUGAAGUUCCAACUGCGGCACGACGUGGCGGCACUGCGGGGGGCGGCGGACGCCAGCCGCGACCUGUCCUCCUCCCAGCAGGCUCUGCUUCGCCUGCUACUGUGCCGGGGGCUUUACCCCCAGCUGGCGGUGCCCGACGAGCACAACGCCACGCGGAAGGACUCCGACCAGGUCUUCCACACGCGCAGCAAGCAGGGUGUGGUUAUCCAUCCCACCAGUGUGUUUGCCAGUGACCCCGAGGUUCUUCACGUCCCAGAGCUGGAGUGUGAAGAGAUGGGGGCCGACCGAGGCGCAAGCACCAAGCACCAACUGCUGGCUUUCACCACUCUGCUGGAAACCAACAAGGCAUACUUGUGCAACUGCGUGCGAGCGCCCUGCCUACAGGCACUGCUCCUGAUUUCCAGCUCCCUGGAUAGCAACGCAGACUGCACGCGCCUGGUGGCCGAUGGCUGGCUGGAGCUGGUCUUGCGUGACUCGGAGGCAGCCCUGAAGGUGCUCUCCUCUGCCCUGACACUGCGGGCAGAGUGGGAGCGCCUCCUCCAGGCCCAGUUGGGCCAAGGUGCCGGGGGCCCGGCCGUCCCGUAUAGGGAGGUACGGAAGCUGGCCGAUGGCAUGGUGCGGUUCCUGCUGUACACGGAGGUCAGCUACACGAUGCGACGUCUUACCGCCCUGCAGUCUCAGAACCUGUAUGUCGGACCCCAGGGUCAUAGCCUAGCGACUGGCCCGGUGACCAACCCGCUCUUCCCCGGAAUGCAGGUCGAGCCAGACCCCAUCAAGGGAGGUCUGAGGGUCUUCAGCUUUUUCACGUACAACUGCCUGACGGACUCUCGGGAUUUGUACAGCGAGUGUCUACGCACCUUCUGGACCUGCCCCCACUGCGACCUGCACAUGCCGAUGACCCCUUUGGAGCGAAUGCACCAUGAGGCCUCCUGCAGGCCAGCUGGAGAACUGCAGCCCAUGGACGAGCCAGAGUCUGAGACAGGAGAGUCCCAGUCAUCCUCUUCCAGCCUGACCAGGACCUACCAUUGUGAUAUCUGUAACAAAGACCUGACCCUAACGUCCACGGAGAUCCUCAAACACAAAAGGCAGCACCUCUGAGCUCCACCCCGGGACUGUGCUGGACUGACGUCAGGCUCCCAGGACUUUCCCUCCCAGCCUGACCUCUUAAAAGCUGCGAUAGAAUUGUGCUUUGUUUAGUGCACAUUUUUAUAUGCAAAAUAUUUUAUGACUGUAUGUUUGCCUUUAAGGCGGCUGUGUGUCCUUGCAAUAAAACCAUCCCGUAAAAUUA